AUGGCGGCCGCGCGUCGCCUGCGCGCAGCUCUCCGCCCGCACCCGGCCAUGCAUCGCCCUCGCCAUCGCACAGACGCCCGCGCGCUGGUGCACGUGCUGGUGCUGCUGGCGGUGGGCGCGCUGGCGGUGGCGCAGAACGAGUGCCGCAAGUGCCCCAAGUACUACUCCCCCGUGUGCGCCUCCGACGGCGGCUCCUCGCCGCCGCGCGUCUUCGUCAACUACUGCGAGAUGAACUACUACAACUGCUUCACCGGCGGAUCCUUCACCAAAGUAAGAAGUGGCACUUGUUCCUGAUUACGAAGAAAUGAUACAUAUCAUCCAAGUUGG